AUGAUCAUUCCGGAUAGAACAUCUUUCACAGCCCUCUCUUCGAUAUCUUUACCUUCAACACACAUCCUUCAUCCUGGAUCAUGUAACCCUUCAAUGGACUUGAUCGUUCUUCUUUCGUCUCCUGCUUCGCCUUCACAAUCUGGCCCAGCUUAUAGUCUAAAAGGUAAAGGGAAAGAAAUCCCCUCCAAAACACAUGUAUCACUGUGGAGAACAGGUGGAAGUAAAGUGUGGCAAGUAGAUGUAAAAGGGGCAGUAGGUGGUUUAGCUUGGUCUCCUGACGGAUUAAUACUAUCUAUCUUAUCAAUAAGAUUGUCUAAUUCGAAGAGUAUAGAUCAUCUGUCCGUGCAUACAGGAGAGAUCAUUCGAUCGAUUCCUCUUCACCAAGAUCUGGGUAUAAAAGGAUAUGACGUCUUGGGAAUUGGGAAAUGGGUAGAUAUGGAAUGGCGUUCUGCUCCAACAGGAUGGGAAGAGAGAAAGAACGGCUCAGCAUUAGGAAUAAUAGAUUCAUUACCGAAAGUAACACCAGUAGAUCCGCCCAAACCUCCUAAUGCAUUGCCAUUUAUGCGACAAACAAAUGUCAUACCGCCAAAACCGACUCUUCACUCAACUUUAUCAGCUUUCCCUGCUUUACUCCCAUCAGCAAUUCCAAUCUCGCCUGAUAUCCUAGUCAUCUCUGCAUUCCCAUUCUUAACAGGAACCUUUCCACUCCCUCCUCAAACUAGGAUACCGACUCAAGGUCUGUUGGAAUUAGCGAAGGCAUCGGAUAAGAUGGUCGGAUUUUUAGAUGUCAUUUUGAGAGGAUUGGAAAAUGCCGAAGUUGCUUUUAGAGAAGGAGAGAAACAAACUAUGAUUUGUAGAGAGGAUCUGGAAACCUGCGCUCAGCAACAAGCGAUGUCGACAUUUGAUGUACAUUCUGAUUUGUUCAGAUUCCUGAUGACUGGUAGAAGUGGUGUAGCUGUCAAUGAAUGGCUAGGUAGUCGUCUCACAGGAAGAACCAUAACCAAAUGGGACCAAACUAUGGAUACAUCGUUUCGAACAAUUCAAAAUCUUAUAAACGAAAGUAUCUCGCCCGCACUCCAACGAUUGAUUCUUCUAUUAGAAGAGAUAAGAGGUUGGAGUAGAACACCCAAGUAUCAGACCCAAUUACAUCUAAAGGAAGCCGAGAUCGGCAAAGCCAUAGAUACGGUCUUAGGAUUUGCGAAACUGGUUGAAAGGAUGAGAAGAGAUGCAGAACAUGAGAUGGCUGCUACCGCUGAAUUCAUGAAAUGGUUGAAGUAUGAAAUCGCAAGAGCGGCAUCUCAUGAUCCUACAUCGGAUGAUCUCCCUUCACCAACGCAUGAUUUGAAGCUAGUCUGGUCAUUCAUGAUUAACGGCUUCGUUCAUUCUUCAUUCCAUAAACACUUCCCUUACUUACUUGUCCGACCUCCGAAAGAUUUUCUUCCUGAUGAUCACGUAUUGUAUCCACGCCAAUCAGUGAAACCCUUACUUGAAACGUUGGAAGAAACUGGCUCUGCACUGAAGAUAGGCGACCGAAGGGAUAUAGGUACCCCGUCCACAAGAGCGAAUGGGUCUAUGGACGAUUCGACCACUUCAGGAUCAAUGAGCAUGUCAAUAUCGAUCGAUGAUGAUCAUCAUCUAGAUUCGGAUGGCGGAGGUGAUGAUGGAGAUAUUACUCCAACUCAAGUAAUCUCAGAUGAUGAUAUUUCAAGGGCAUCAAGUCCGGAUACGGUUGAAAGAAAAACUUUCCCUCCUGAAGAACAAGAAAUACAAAGAACGUUAGAUCAGGAGCCGUGGGUAUGGGCAAACUCGCUGACACGAGCUCUAGAAGGGCUGAUAAAGAGUGCUAUUGGCGAGAUUGGGGGCAAAGAGGAACCGAAGCAGGAUGGCCUUUUAAGAGACAAACGAAUUGUAGAGGACAUGAGGUGGGAAGCGCUUAUUAGACCGGAGACUAGACAGCUGUGGAUAUUGUCGAGCAGUUCAUCGCAAACACGGAUAUCUGCCUUUACACUCUUUGAUUCCGAACAAUCUACUACCUGCUUGGCAAUGCAAUUCUUCGAUGAUGAGGAAAUAGUACUUCUACUCGAAAGUGAGGAUGGGAGAUAUCUUGUCACUAUACGGUAUAGCGACGCGGUAAAUGUUAUGGUGCAAAUACCCCGUGACGAUGAGCGGACGUUGGGGGAAAUGGUAGAUACCUAUCAAUCUACGCUUAAAUCCUUCUCGGCAAUACCGAUCAAUCGAUCACGAUAUCUUGGUCCGACACCUCAAUAUGAAGAGCAGGAAGGUAAAGCUGAAAUAGCUCUGAAUGGUAGAAAGGGAAGGAGAUUAGGAUGCGUUCUUGAUGAAGGUGGUAAAGAAGUAUCUGUUUGGGAUUUAGACGUUGAUGAAGACGAAGAAGAUGAGAAUGGAGAAGGAGACGAAGAGAUGGAAGGGGUCGAAGAAUGA